GGGAAAGCUGUUUGACUUUAGCUGUUUGACUGGGAUACAGCGAGUUUAGGAAAAUAAAUUGUAGUUUGGGUAAAAACACUCCCGAGGAAUGAACACGCGUUUCUUGGGUGAAAUUAUUAAAAUUAUAUUAUUAUAUUAGCCUAGAUUUUGCGAGAUAAAGCGUCAUUUUGCGUAACUUCCGGUCGGUAGCUCGAGCCACAACCGGGAAAAGUUCCGCGGGCUUCGGCGCUGGAGAGGCAGAAACAAACAAACAUGGAGGCUGAGAUGUUGGAGGCUGAGUGCGAGCAGCAGAAGCCGGUAGAAAGCGGCCAGAAGGCGGUCUCAGGAGCUGGAGAACCGGCGGUUAGAGUCUCCUCUGAACUGCCUUGGGUGGAGAAAUACAGGCCGGUCAAACUGAACCAGAUCGUGGGGAACGAAGAGACGGUGAGUCGGCUGGAGGUGUUCGCCCGGGAGGGAAACGUCCCCAACAUCAUCAUAGCAGGUCCUCCAGGAACAGGGAAGACGACCAGCAUCCUGUGUUUGUCCCGAGCGCUGCUGGGAGCCUCCAUGAAGGACGCCGUGCUGGAGCUCAACGCCUCCAACGAAAGGGGAAUCGAAGUGGUGAGGAACAAGAUCAAGAUGUUUGCUCAGCAGAAAGUCACACUGCCCAAAGGACGACACAAGAUCAUCAUCCUGGACGAAGCCGACAGCAUGACGGACGGCGCCCAGCAGGCUCUGCGGAGGAUCAUGGAGAUCUACUCGAAGACGACGCGCUUCGCCCUGGCGUGCAACGCGUCUGAUAAGAUCAUCGAGCCGAUCCAAUCACGCUGCGCCGUGCUGCGCUACGCCAAGCUGACAGACGGACAGGUCCUGGCUCGCCUGCAGGACAUCGUCCACCAGGAGGCGCUGUCUGUCUCUGACGAUGGGCUGGAGGCUGUCAUCUUCACCGCUCAGGGAGACAUGAGACAGGCGCUGAACAACCUGCAGUCGACCCACUCCGGCUUCGGCUUCAUCAACAGUGAGAACGUGUUCAAAGUGUGUGACGAGCCCCACCCCCUGCUGGUGAAAGGCAUGCUGGGACACUGCGUGGCGGGGGACAUUGACGAGGCGUACCGCGUGGUGGAGGCGCUGUGGGCGCUCGGAUACUCGCCAGACGACAUCAUCGGGAACAUCUUCAGGGUCUGCAAGACCCUCCCCAUGGCCGAGUACCUCAAGCUGGAGUUCAUCAAGGAGAUCGGCUACACCCACAUGAGGAUGUCUGAAGGAGUGAACUCUCUGCUGCAGAUGGCCGGGCUGCUGGCCCGACUCUGCAGCAAGACGGCCCCCCCCGCUGCCAGCUGAAUGGACUGCUCCACGCCCCCCCGCCAGCUGAAUGGACUGCUCCACGCCAACAUUCAUGUUACAUCAGACACGAGAAAAUAAAUCAUCUGUUCACUGAUCAGGGUCCACAGUCUGUUGAACCGGACUCAGAGCUGUACCUCUGAUUCAAGAACUUUC